AUGGUUUCUAAGGUUUUAUUGACAGGUGCUUCUGGUUACAUCGCCCAACACAUCACUAAUGAAUUACUUUCCCACGGCUUUAAGGUCAUUGGAACUGUAAGAAGACAGGAGCAGGCAGACCAAUUGCAUAAGCAAUUUUCAGAGGAAAGUUCUGUUUUACAAAAAGAUCCCUCCCUUCUGACCUAUGUCCUUGUCCCAGAUAUUGGUGCUUCGGAUGCUUUUGAUGAGGUAUUGAAGUCAACCCCCGACAUCACUUAUGUCCUUCACACAGCUUCCCCAUUUAUUUUCAAUGACGACAGAGCUCUUGAGGACGUUUAUUUGAAGCCUGCUGUUGAGGGUACCAGAAACAUCUUAAGUGCUAUCAAGAAGUUUGCCAAUGACAGUGUCAAGAACGUCGUGGUAACUUCCUCCUUUGCAGCAAUUUUGAACGCUGACAAGUUUGAAGACAAGAGUUUCAUUCACACUGAGAAGGUGUGGAAUAACAACACCUGGGAUCAAACCAAGAGUGGAGACAGAGGUGUUGCUUACAUCGUUUCCAAGAAGGAGGCUGAGAAAGCUGCCUGGGACUUCGUUGAGAAGGAGAAACCAAACUUUAAAUUGACAACAGUAAACCCUCCUUAUGUUUUUGGUCCUCAGAAAUUCGAUGCUUCGGCUAAGAAGGAAUCUUUGAACACCUCAGCUGAGAUCGUUGGAUCUCUGUUGCACACAAAGUAUCCAUCUGAUGACAAGUUGUUUGAUGAUCCCCUCAAUUUAUCCGUUGAUGUUAGAGACGUAGCUCUCUACCAUGUUCUGCCACUUUUGAAUGCUGAUUUGGCUUCCAGGAGAUUGCUUGUUGUUCAAUCCAAGUUCAGCGCUCAGAGAAUCCUGAACAUUAUCAACGAGAAUUUUCCUGAAUUAAAGGGCAAGAUCGCAGUUGGAAAGCCCGAGGAAACGGCAAGAGUGGAAGCUAUUAAGGGCCCGGAGUAUAACAACAGUGUUACUGUAGGCCUAACUGGAGUUGACCCCAUCCCACUGGAGAAAACGGUUGUGGACUCUGUCAAACAGAUAUUGCGUGCUAAUAAAUAA